AUGCAAUUUAUAUUGAUUGUUUCUGACACAUCCGCUGAACAUUUCAUUCCAAUAAUACAUGUACAAUUAUCAAUUAUUUAUAUUUAUAUUUAUUGUAAAAAACAAAACGAACAGCAACAAUGGAUUGAGAAAAGUUAUUUAAAAACACAAAAUAAAAUUUUUAUUAAUCAGACUUUAUUAUUUCAAGAAUUAGAAAAUUUUGUCUUGAAGCAAUAUUGUAGAAAUGAUUUAAUUUCUAACGAAACGUCACCAUUAAUAAGUUAUUUCAAUGAAACUGAAAUAAUAAAUCAUUCAAUAAGAAAUUUAGAUGAAGCGCUUCUUCGUAUGCCAACAACAGACAGAGCAAAACAGACAAGAAUUGACGCUUGUCGUGAUUAUUAUAAGAGUAAUACCGUAGAACAAAAACACAUAGCAAUAUUUGAAUUAGAAUAUUGUUCAGCUGAUGCCAUUCGGUGGUUUACAAAACCUAGUUUUUGUCAUCGUGUGACACAAAGGCUUCGAUGA